AUGGAAAAAAAUUGUAUAGUACCAUUCAUUGUUCUCUGCACAAAUAUAGUAUUUUGCGAGACAUUAAAAUGUCGAUUUUUUCACGUGGGUUCUCCGAAUUCGGUUACUGAAACUUGUUCUACUGAGCCGGCGUAUUGUUAUGCCACUUGGCAUAACGAUACCCGGUUCAACGAUGUAACAAUAAAGAAAAAGGGUUGUACUUCAGUGGACGAUGGCCGAUACAAUCACAAAGAUUGCAUAAAUCACGAUUCGAUUGGCUACCCGCCAAAAGAACGGAGUUGUUGUUGUAAUGUGGACGAUUGCAACAACAAUGUGGGGUGGGAGCCAAUCGAUACUGAAAGUGAUUGGGAAACGAUCAAGAACGUGCUGAUUAUGGUAGCAUGCUGUCUUAUAUUGCCAGUAUACUUUUUUCUACGCAAGAGAUACUACCAAUACGUUCGAGAUCGUUUCCCUAAUAUCAACAUGUGGGAUAAUAGGCCGUCCAUCAAUGCACCAACAGAACUAAAUGAGGGUGUAUUACAAAAUGUGGAUCUAAACACGGGGGAUAGGCCGCCCAUUGUUCCACCAGAAAUAGAAAUGAAUGAGAUUCCGGAGAAUCGACGAUUAAAAAAUACCCUUAAACUUAUUAAUUUACUAUUGAAUAUAGCUAAAAGGGAAUCAUUUUUUCCUAGUACAAUAAUGCCACCAGUGUUCAAAUUUUGUCAAAAUCUUUAUAUUCAUUAUAACCUAUUUACUAUGUUAUCUAGUUAUAAUUUCAAUAAUUUAUAA